CACCCUGUGGCCCUGGUCUUCUACACCAUCCUUGACGUGCUGGCUCACCGUUCGUUCAAUACAUACAUGUGCCCUUUGUGAUCGUCAGCCCACAAGGACUUGUCAAAGCUCCCAGCCAUAACCGACCAGGGACCACUCUCGCAGACCGCAACUUCUCAAUUCAACGCUACCGCAACCAGGGCUUGCAGCAGACGUCCGACGCAUCGCAACUUCUAGUGGGACAUCGCUCUUGUCGUUACCUGGACAAAGAAAUUGGAACUGGACGUGCGUGCAUCGUCUUCGUCAUUGUCGGUGGGCGUUCGGCGAACAUGGUUCACCGACAUAUUCAGCAAUCAAAGAAGGAUUUAUCGUGAAGUGAAAGGCUUCUUCUCCAUUCUCUCUCCAUUCACAUUCUCCUGCGCGGGGAGACUCAACCACCAUGACCAUGCCUUAUCGAACAAGCGUCCCACCGUCUCAGACGACAUACCACAGCUUCCAUGACAUCGAAUUGUACGAGCCAGCCUCGCCACCAAGGAAGACGGCACCAGCCAUGCAAGAAUUUGAGGUCGACAGGUCGACAUCGAGCGAGGAAGACCGGUCUCCUGCCAAGUUCCAGAUGAAGCGACAGGAUUCUGGUUACGAGUCCUAUGGCCCAGGCACCAGCCCCCGAACCUCCGUGUCUUACGGCAGACCAUCACCACCGCCUCGACGCCCGACUUCAACAUCAGUCCGUACUUCUACCAGCAUCGUGCCUCAUCCACGCACGAGGCCCACCACCCGACGUUCGACCAACAAGUCCUACCACCAACCCAACUCCUCCUCGGUGCACAUUGUCCGUCCCCGCGAACCGGCGCCUCAGCCCUCAAGCUACUUUCACUUCCCGCCGCCGGACCCUUUUGCUGAUGCACUCGUUGAGCACGAGGUCUCGCCACCGUCACCAACUUCACCACCACCGCAGACCACACACUACUGGACGAGCGACCAGACUCGCCGCCUCGAGUACGCGGCCAUUGACGCGGCCAGCCGUGGUGUCAAAGGCUGGUGCCGUCGCAACCUCAUCCCGGACUGCCUGACCGCCAAAGCAGAACGACACCUCUCCUUCGACGAUGACACGGGGAGCGUGCGACGCUACAGACUGGAGCUCGAGGAAGAGGACGCGAAGAGCGUUGCGCCCAAGAAGAGGAGGACAUGGCACUUUUGGGCCUAGAAGUCCUCCCUGAUUCCCUUUGUUUUUCUCAUGGAGCAUGACAGAUUGACGGUGCAUUGCGAGUUGCCUUUGUGCAGCAAAGUUUGGGCAUUUAAAUGGCGCACUAUACCCCCCAAUGUCGUUGAUGAUAGAUGAUGACGAUGGUGAUGAUGAGCAGAUGGAGACGAGAUAUAAUCUACGAGAGGCGGAUGGUGGGAGCGGAGCAUUGAUAGCAGUUAUCCGAUUUGGCAGCCAGCGAGCAUUAGCACAUACACUUUGAACAAGAUAUUAUCAAUUAACACGCUUUGUAUUCAUAUUUCUCUUGAGCAACUAUUGGUUCUACUUUCGGCGCU